AAAACAAAUGGCUCAUGAGAAGGGGCGACCAGUCAAAGCUCCUGAACAACAUCACUAAAAGAAACACGAAGCGCCAGCGUGGCGUCCAAGUCGACUCACAGGAUUAAUUACAAACAGCGGCUUCAGACUCCACCUCAGCCCUAAAAUUCUAAACCCCGAUUCUCGAGCUCCGUCGCAAUUUGAAUUUUUUUCAUCUCUGGCGUGCGUCGGAGCGACUGUUGCUAUGUCUGUGUCUUUUAUACCAUGCAACUUGCUGUGCUAUUUUGCUAUCCUGGCGCUUAUUUCAUCUCAGACAGCUCCUUUGCUGUCGCUUCUUUUGGCUUGCUGUUCUUACUGUUUUCUGAAGUCGUGACCUGACCUGAAGUGUAGUAUCGUGUGCUUAAUCUCGUUGUUUGCUGUCUCUUGUCUUCGUUGGAUUUCUUCGCUGUAGUCUGUGUUGUUGCCCGUUCCACACCUGUCAUUAUGUCUCUCCGACCCAGCGCCCGGACUGAAGUUCGCAUGAAAGGAUACAAGCUUGCUGUUGAUGCCAUGGAGGCGAGGAGAAAGAGAGAGGAUGGGAUGGUGGAGAUUAGGAAGUCCAAGAGGGAUGAGAACCUUCAGAAGAAGCGUAGGGAGGGCUCACAACUGCACCAGCAGUUCACUCCCGCCCAAAGUGCCUCGUCAGAGAAGAAGCAACUUGAGAGCCUUCCGGGGAUGGUCGCCGCGAUAUGCUCGGAUGAUCCAGCUACACAACUGGAAGCGACAACUCAGUUCCGAAAGCUGCUCUCUAUUGAACGCAGUCCUCCAAUCGAGGAAGUCAUAUCGGCGGGUGUUGUACCCCGCAUUGUUGAAUUUUUAGUCCGUGGUGAUUUUCCGCAGUUGCAGUUUGAAGCUGCAUGGGCGUUGACGAAUAUUGCAUCAGGCACGUCUGACCACACUCGCGUGGUGAUCGACCAUGGGGCUGUUCCCAUAUUUGUCCAACUUUUGAGUUCCCCAAGCGAUGAUGUUCGUGAGCAGGCUGUUUGGGCUCUGGGUAAUAUCGCCGGAGACUCUCCUAAAUGUCGUGACCUUGUGCUUGGUCAUGGAGCAUUGAUGCCUCUUCUCGCCCAGCUUACCGACAACACUAAAUUAUCCAUGCUCAGAAAUGCCACUUGGACGCUCUCCAACUUUUGUCGUGGAAAACCUCAGCCUUCCUUUGAACAGUCCAAACCCGCACUCCCCGCGUUGGAGCGCUUGGUCCAUUCCACCGAUGAAGAGGUCCUGACUGAUGCGUGCUGGGCUCUCUCUUACUUGUCCGAUGGGACCAAUGAUAAGAUUCAGGCCGUUAUUGAAGCUGCCGUGUGUCGGCGUCUCGUAGAGCUUUUGCUCAGCCACCCUUCACCCUCAGUGCUCAUCCCUGCCUUGCGAACAGUCGGAAAUAUUGUUACUGGCGACGAUCUUCAAACACAGUUCAUCAUCGACUGCCAGGCCUUGCCCUGCCUGCUCGCACUAUUGACCAACAACCACAAGAAGAGCAUUAAGAAAGAAGCAUGUUGGACUAUCUCCAACAUCACUGCCGGAAACAAAGAGCAAAUUCAGGCUGUUAUCGAUGCCAACAUUAUCCCACCUGUGGUGGCUCUUCUUGCAACUGCCGAAUUUGACAUCAAGAAGGAGGCCGCUUGGGCGAUAUCCAAUGCUACUUCCGGUGGAACGCCCGAGCAGAUCAAGUUUCUUGUCAAUCAAGGGUGCAUUAAGCCUCUUUGUGACUUGUUGACCUGUCCAGACCCAAGAAUUGUAACGGUUUCCCUUGAAGGACUAGAAAACAUUCUGAAAGUUGGUGAGCAGGUCAAGGAUAGUGGUAGCAACGGAGAUGUGAACUUGUAUGCUCGCUACAUUGAUGAAGCUGAAGGCUUGGAGAAAAUUGAGAACCUUCAGACUCACGACAACAAUGAGAUUUAUGAGAAGGCCGUCAAAAUCCUGGAAACGUAUUGGCUGGAAGAGGAUGAAGACCAGAACACUGCUCCUGUCACAGAAGGUCAAAACUUUGCUUUCGGCUCGAGUAAUCCCUCAGGUGCCCCCCCUGGUGGCUUCAACUUUGGUUAGGUAGUGGAACUCUAGUACGGGUCACUGUGGGUGCACCCCGAUUAUGAUUACUGAGGAAAAGUCACCAGGUUGUUGACCUAAUAGUGUAGGAGUGUGAUCAACCAUUAGGCUAGCAGAACUAUUCUUUUGUACUUGAAUGCUUCAUCUCGAGUUUAUUCAAGGCCCGUCAGGAUAAUACGCACCAAGAAGAUUUCAAACAAUGCAUGGCAGAAUUGCGUGGACGCGCAGGAUUAUUGCCAAGGUUAUUGUAGUGCCAGACAUGGUCCGAUGUGUGCAGACUAUACGCUGCAUACUUUCGACUUAAACCCAGGAUGCUCUGUUAAUGGGUUGUCUCAAAAUCAACAUUGAUGUGCCACUGCUAUCCUACCUGACGUCGUCUCUGCCCCGCCCUCACCAAAUCUGAUGUUUUCAGUGAGGAACACUCUGUCAUAGCUGCCAAGCGCUCCCAUCCAGUUGUUACCAGCUUGACAGUUUAAUUUGAGGAUUGAUUAGUCUAAGGUGUCUAAAUUCCUUAUCACGUACCUUUCUUGACCAGGAAGAUUGCAAUAGAAUUAUUCAAAUUCAAGCCGA